CGCGGCUCGCCCAACAUGGCCUGCCCGGCCCUUUUGCCCGGCCACUCGGCCCUCGAGCUGCAGCCGAGGCCGAGCUGGGCCCGGCGCCCUGCUGCUGGGCGAGGGGCACGGCCAGCAGCCCCGGCGGGAGGCGAGGGCGAGCAGCGACAGGCGCUGCGGGCGCGUUGCGGGCGCGUUGCGGGGGCGGCCGCGGCUGGCGGUGUGGGAGUGCGGUCGGAGACUCGCUCGGCCAUGGCCGCGGCGGGCUCUCCGGCCGCCAUGAACGGCCUUUCGCGAAUUCCGCUCCUGCGGCCCCGUCCGUGCCCUCCGCGCCCCGAAUCCCGCCGCUUCCUCCUCUGCCUGGGCUCGCGCGCGCGCCCGCGGGGGAUUCGGGGGCGGAGGCACUGGUCGCGGCGGCCUGCAUUAAAUUACGUCACAGAUAUGGCUGCCUGCUUGGAACUCAUCACGGUGCUGGAGAGAACUCCCAUUACAAGGGAGGUGCUGGAGUCCACCCGAUUAGGCAAACACAUAAAUGACAUCCGUCGCAAGACGACCAACCAAGACCUGUACCGACGUGCCAAGGACUUGGUGCGCAAGUGGCGGAAGGAUGUCUUGGCCGAUGGCGUCAACGGGGCAGCGGGUUCCGGGCCUGGGCCUGGCGGGACGGGGUCUGGCGGGAUGGGUGGAAGGGGGGCGGGGAAUGGGCAUCCUCCUACGUCACCCUCUUCCUUACCGUCCAGUGGCAACACUAGUCCGGGAAUGUCUGCCCCCACCACUCCCUCCACCCUGUCCCAACGCACUCGUCCGGGCUCUCCCACCCUUACCACCGCCCAAACAACCCGCCCAGUCAAACCUGCAUCUCCUGCCUUACUGCGGGGACGUGUCCUGAGCCCGGGCUCGAGUCCGGCCUUGGCCUCCAUCUCGCCUGCUAUCACUCCUCCCCUGGCGACGCCAGCCCGCCCGCGCUCGCGCCCGCACUCUCCAGCUGUCAACCCCAGCAUGAGGCAGCAGUCCAGAGCGGAUGCUUCCUCCUAUGCCCCUAGUACUGAAAAUGUAGCAAAAACUAAUACAGCUAACAAGAGAUUAAGAAAAGAUGAAGACGAGUCUAGUAGUGAUAUUCCAGUUGCCAAGAGGCCUAGAAAUAGUGUAACUAAUGGCUUUGAUGAAGAUAGUAAAGACAGUUUUUCCAGUGUUUUGAGUAAUGACUGUACUCCUAAAUUUAUGAGUGGAAGUAGUGAAGGUAGCAAAUCACGACGAAUAGCAGCCAAUGCACACUCCUUGUCUAAGAAAAGAUCAGUAGUGUCUGAAUCAUCAGUGGUGACCAAUACGCCUGACGCUCUUCGCCAAAAGAUGCCAGUCAUACCUAUGGCCACAAAAGGAUCAAAAGUUAAAACAACCUCUCAAAUAGUAGCUGAACUUGCAGAAAGAAAAGGUGAUUCAAAAUUAGCAGAAAGAGCCAGUAAACUAGAGGAGCAACAGGUACGGGACUUGCCUGGUUCAGGCUCAACCACGGGUAUGGGGAGGACAACUGAUCUUGCCGUUGUAACGCGUAACAAAAUGGAUCAUUUGCACCGAUUUCUUUGCUCGCAGGCUGGCCCUGCAUUUGAGGACUAUGCAGGUGCUGGAGACGAUGACAGAGGCUCGAUGUCUUCAGAAACAGAAGGCCGAGGAGUCAGUGCCCCUGUGUCCCCACCAAAUGUUCCUUCAGAGGCCCCCCCAGCAGUUGUCAUGACACCAAGUAAUCUUGAUCUUCUUGGUGUUCGAGAAGAUGAAACUGCGGAGGAGAUCUUAGCGCGACUACAGCCAAUUGACCGUUCCAGUAUUGUUUGGGAUGACCCUGAAGAUCAAACUGAUACACAAGAACAGGAAAAGGAAGCUAGUGGUUCUGAUGACAGUGAGUCUGAAGAUGAAAUAGAAAAAUUAGUGCAACUAUCAAAACAGGUUCCCCCAGAUGAAGUAAACCGGCUUCAUUCAACCAAUCUAGACUGUCAGAAUGGCAAUUUUGAUAUGGAUGGCAAGUUCAGAGAGUGGCAUGAAGUAAUCAAUAAAAAAGGCUACCAGGACGACCCAUUGAUUGUUUUGCCUUAUGUGAUAACUGACUUUUGAAACACAAAUGGUUAACAAUGAAAACUGGUGGCUAAAGAAUUAUACAGGAGGCUACCUAGCUAAAUAAAAAAAAAAUUGGUUGUCCUUCACUUUCAUAUUUCUAUAGAACCCUUGUUAGUCUGUUUGUUAGUCUGUUUGUAUUUUGUGUGUGUGCUAUUUCUUUGUUUUCUUUGGAUAGCCUUCCAAAAAUCUUGCUCUUUAAGUUGAAAUAUAGUUGAAGUGAAUGGCAUUCAUUGAGGAUGCUGACUUUUGCUUCUGUUGCUUCAAUUAUUCUUUGAAGACAACCUCAAAAAUAUACAAGGAUCCUUAGGAUUAAGUAUACAGUGCCUAAAAAUAGUGGGCUAAGUUUUUAGUCACAGUCAGAGUAAUAUUAAUCAUAUGCAGCCAGUCAGAGCUAUGUUUUCAACAAGUGUAGAUAAUGAUUUAGAAACUCAAGGGCAUGUAAUCUCUCCCGUAGUAACUAAAGACUUGGUCCAUUCAUUUCUAUUCAUCUAUUCUAAAGUCAGUACAGUUGCCUUCAGUAACUUUUCCAUAUCCUAACUGAGAAUAGUAUACAUAUAUAUGUUUUAAGUCAAUGAAAUGUAAUCUUCAGGGUAUCACCUGAACAAGGCAUUGGGCAGAAUGGCCAAAUUCUUGGUAUGAUAUAUUGUUGUGUCCUGGAUAAACGUGUGAGGAUAGGAUAGUCACAGGUGAACCCUAGACCAGUCAGUAGGUUAGUGGAAGUCUUCAGUCUAAGACCUUUCAAGUAAACUGACCCCACUAUAAACUGUGAUAACUGCAUUGUUACAAAUAAAUCCUUCAAAUAUUUGGUUCUGGUAACAGGUUUUUUAAGUGAAUGGUCAUGACUGUUGCUUUAAUGUAUGGGUCCAUUACACUAAAUUAUUGUUUUUGUUUCUUUUUUUUUCUAUUGAUUGAUGUAUUAUAUAGAUAUAUAUAUAUUUAUAUAUUUAGUUCUCAUAUACAGUCUUUGCUAAAUGAUAGGGGUAAUGAUAUUAGAACAGUUUAGGAAGAAUGUCAUUGCAGAAAUGGCAUUUGGAGGCAGAAACUAAAAGGGUCUCGAGGGUUCACUCCUACUCCACAAGUGCUGCAGGACUAGACUUGAGCAUUAGAAGUGUUGAGCUUAAUCCUGUUGAUGACCAGACCGGAAUUCUCUAUACUAAUUCUUUGUUUUUCCUAUCUUUUGUUAAAUGUACUGGUAUUGUUUUUGUUUCAUUCUAACAUUUGCUUAAUCAGACUCAAUCAAGUUACUCAAAUGCUGUAUUUGAAUUUUGUUCUGGCUGGUCGUAUGUCUGUGAUGGAUCCAAUUAUCUUGGUGGAAAGUUUGUUAUACAGAAGUUGAAAAGGUAGAUUAUGCUCAUGUAUAUUGUCUUUACAUGCCAAAGAAUCAAUUUACAUGAUCUGUACACAGGAACCUUUGUUUUAUAAGGAUUUCUUCUUUCUUUACUCAAAAGUUGCAUUCCUAUGCUGUGAAAUGAAAAGAAACAUUCUUCUUUUUAAACAUAUGUUUCUAUGCUUCCUUUGUUUGAUCAGCUGCUGCCUUAGAACGGUUUCUGGACUUUGCAAUUUGUAGAUUGGACACGUUGGGGCUGUCAACUUGAGUGGGAUUUGAAGCUACAAGGCAUUAAAACUAUAUUUAAUUUUUUGUUGAAAUUUUUAUUUAAAUCUUUCUGCCUGUAAAUUCAAAACCCACAAUACACAUUUGUAUCAAGCAUAGAAUAAUAGUAUUAGACUGAAACUUUACAAAGCUUUGAUGUUAUCCUCACUUGUGCCCAAAGGUGAUGUGACGAAGGCAUAAGGGCACUUGUGCUGUGUAACACAAACGUGUUUGAUGGACACAUUGUGUUUUUUACCCUGUCUUUGGCAUAUUUGAAAUAAUCUUGAGUUAUUUGUGAUCUAACACAUUGAAUUAUACAUACCAAUGUGUAAAUAUACGUAUAUAUCUGGAAACCAUUUCAAUAGAUUAUGGCCUGGACUAUGCAACUUGAUAACUACAAAAAACCCUCUUACCCUUACCUUGUAUCUAAACAGCUCGGCAAUGUGUUUCCCCCUCUGUGUUCAGUCAUUAUUGUAAGGAUGCCUAAAAGAAAACAAAUUAAGCAUCUAUUGUUUUGGCUAUUAAGGACAAUUUCAUAAAUAGUUAUAGCCAGAAUUUGUUAUUGUGCACUACUUUAUUAAGUUACAUGUUGAAGUACUGUCAUUGGUGUAUAACUUAGGCGCAUUGCAUUAUUAAGCUUUGUAAAGCCCUUUAUACUGCAAUACCUGCUUCCAUUGCCUUAUUUAUUUACUACCAUAUGCAGAAUAAUCCCACAAAAUCAUGUAUUUUAUGCACUAUAAAGAAAUGGAAGGUGUUUGCUUAAGAGUGGGCCAUUAUUACAAAACAACAGGAAAACAUUGACAUUUUCGAACCAAAGCUUUAUUGCAUAAAUUGUUUAGUAUACCCCCUUUUUUAUUUGGGUAUCUUUUGAUACACCAGUGAUUGAACUGAAAAUGCAAAUGUCCAUUGCCACCAUUAAAUAUAAUAAUGUUAUUUGAUGUUUUGUAAUUUAUAGUUUUGUUGAAAAGAAUACAACGGAUUCAUUCCCAUGAAAAUACAAGAAAAGUCCAAUAAAUUGAUAACACA